AGAUUUUACCUGUGCUCCGCCCUCUUACUACAUUAUGGCUUUUUUGAAUUAUAAAACAGCAACUACCAAUCUAAAUCUACUAGUUCUAGCUUGUAUAUGUUUUGUGCAUAGUUUUGCAGAGCUCCCAAAAUUUGAACACUUGACGAAAGGUGAUGGAUCAAUGAACUUUUUGGUGCUUGGUGAUUGGGGCAGAAAGGGUUUUUACAACCAAUCCCUCGUUGCAUAUCAGAUGGGAAAGGUUGCAGAAAAACUAAACAUAGAGUUUGUCAUCUCAACCGGAGAUAACUUCUACGAUAAUGGAUUAGAAGGCGUAGACGAUCCAGCAUUUGAAGAUUCUUUCUCAAAAAUAUACACUGCCGCGGGGUUGCAAAAGCAGUGGUAUUCUAUUCUGGGAAAUCAUGACUAUAGAGGCGAUGUUGAGGCACAAUUGAGCCCCAUUCUUUCGAUGAUCGAUGCUCGAUGGUUUUGUAAAAGAUCUUUCCUCGUUAAUACAGAAAUGGCGGAUAUUUUCUUUGUGGACACCACUCCAUUUGUGGAUAAGUACUUCACAGACUUUGAGCACAAUUAUGACUGGCAAGGGGUGUUGCCUCGACGUAAAUACAUCACUGAUACUCUGGAGGCUUUGGAAUCGGGAUUGAGGGAAUCAACUGCAAAGUGGAAAAUAGUAGUUGGUCAUCAUGCAAUUAGAAGUGCAGGCUACCACGGCGAGACUGAAGAGCUCAUUCAGCUUAUGCUCCCAAUACUAAAGGCCAACAAUAUCGAUUUUUACAUGAAUGGACAUGAUCAUUGCUUGGAACAUAUUUCCAGCCUUGAUAGUCCAAUUCAAUAUUUAACGAGUGGAGGAGGGUCAAAGGCUUGGAGGGGUGACACAAAACAUGAAGAUUACCAUCACGGAAUGAAAUUCUUCUAUGAUGGUCAAGGUUUCAUGUCAGUGGAGUUGACGCGCACAGAAGCUCAAAUUAUGUUCUAUAAUGUUUAUGGCGAUGUUCUCCACAAGUGGAAGACGUCUAAGGUGCUUCACUCUGCAACAUAAGUCAAAUUCAUUAUAUCUUUAUGAGAAUUUAAAAGAAUUUUGAUAGGCAAUCAAGAAAAUAAGAUAUGGCAACUGCAGCAUUUAGGUUGUAUACGUGCAGUGAUUAGUAAUGAUACCAUGAAAAUACAAAUUUGUCUUGAACAAAUAUGGUUUUGAUUUGAUAAUAAAUAUUCACUUGUAUUUUUGUUUUUCA